AUGAACGGAGGGACGUUCCUGGUGGAGAGAGAGACGGGUCUGGUCCGGCUGACCAAUCCUCUGGACUAUGAACUGAUUAGCAUCUUCAGGUUUAAAGUCUCAGCUACGACUCGACGAGACCUCAAAGAGUCCAUCUCUACUGUCGACGUGGAGGUGAAGAUUCUGGACAUAAAUGACAACAAGCCAUUGUUCGAGACCAGUUCCUAUGUUGCCAUGGUGAUGGAGGGGAUGCCCGUGGGUACCAGGGUGGUCCAGGUGCGGGCGCUCGACCCUGACUGGGGCUCCAACGGACAGGUCACCUACAGCUUGGGUACUCCACUUAACCAGAUCCAGAAGAACAGACCAGACCGUACAUCCGCUGGUUCCUCAUCUGUUAUUACUGGUACCAGUACUGGUUCAACUAGUCGUUCUACUGGUACCGGACCGGCGUUCUCCAUUGACAGUAAAACGGGCUGGAUCACUACCCUGUCUGUUCUGGACCACGAGGCUGGUCCCAGCUAUACCUUCGUGGUGGUGUCUUCAGACCUUGGAGAGCUGUUACAGCUAUCCUCCACCACUGUCGUCACGGUGUCUGUAGCAGAUGUGAAUGACAACCCUCCGCGAUUCGAAAGAGAGUUUUACCGGGGCGCGGUCCGAGAGAGUGACCCGCCAGGAGAGGUGGUGUCUGUCCUCAGCACCAACGACGGAGACACCACGGAUCAAAACAAACUGGUCAGCUACCACAUCACAGGUGGUAACCCAGGGGGAGUGUUCAGUAUAGCUCUGGUCCAGGGUGAAUGGAUGGUGGUGGUGCGCGGUCAGCUGGACAGGGAAAAACAGGACUUCUAUGUACUCAACAUCACCGCUAGCGACGGCCUCUACAUCACCCGUACUGCCGUGGAGGUCACUGUCAUGGACGCCAACGACAACACACCUGUCUGCAACCAGGCGGUCUACAGCGUGGCCUUCCCUGAGGACAUGCCCCCUAACCAGGGCAUUCUGACAGUAGGUGCGUCCGACGCAGACACAGGCACCAGCGCUGAGAUACAGUACUCGCUUUUUGGGAUCGGAGUAGAGGACUUCUAUAUGGACGCAAACACUGGUGACAUGAAGACAGCGGCGGUGAUGGACCGCGAGAAGACCUCCAGCUACAAGUUGAUCGCCCAGGCAACCGACGGGGGCGGGCUCUUCUGUCGCUCUGAGGUCUCUGUCACGCUAUUGGAUGUAAACGACAACCCGCCCUCCUUUUUUUCCAGCCAAUACCAGGCCAACAUUUAUGAGAACGCCGCCCCCAAAGCACUGCUGACACGCCUACAAGCCAGUGACCCUGACGAAGGUCCAAACCGUACGGUGGUGUACUCCCUGGUAGACUCUGCAGACGGGUUCUUCUCUAUAGAUCCGGUAUCAGGCGUGGUGGUUCUGGAGAGAGCCCUGGACAGAGAGACCAGAGACUCCUACAGGAUCAGGAUCCAGGCCUCCGACCGCUCCGGACUGCAGGGGGCGCUAUCCUCACAGGUGGAUCUGACAGUAGUGGUGUUGGACGUCAACGACAACCCACCGGUGUUCCAGAGGCGCGACUACACCGUCACCGUGCCCGAGGACGUUGCCAUGGGAACAGAGAUCCUGCGGCUGUCGGCCACUAGCGACGACAUCGGGGCUAACGCCGAGGUCACGUACAGCAUCAGGGCUGGCAACGAACUGGGGAAGUUUCAGAUUGACAGAACUCUGGGCACCAUCUCAGUAGUUGAUGACAUGGACUUUGAGGUGUGUAAGGACUACUUCCUGACUGUAGAGGCUUGGGACGGCGGGGCCCCGCCCCUCAGCACUGCUACCAUGGUAACCAUAGAACUGAUGGACGUCAACGACAACGCCCCGGCCUUCAGUCAGGAUAUCUACAACGUGCUGGUCAGCGAGGACGCGUCAGUCGGACAGACUAUCACCAGGGUGAGUCUGGGUGUGUUGCUAGCGGAGGACCUGGACAGCCAGGUGAACGGGCGAAUCACUUACUCCAUCCUCCGUGGUGACCGUGGCAACCAGUUCUGGAUCGACCCGGUAACGGGACUGCUCAAAGUCAACAAGAGACUGGACCGGGAGGAGGUGUCCAACUAUACUCUGUCUGUCCAGGCAUUUGAUAGUGGUUCCCCUGCCAUGUCCUCUACAGUCAUCGUCAACAUAGAUAUCUCUGAUGUAAACGACAACCCUCCUGUCUUCGCCCCACCUAACGCCACAACCACUGUACAGUUAAACCAGCCAGCUGGGUCUAGUCUGCUGAAGCUGUCCGUCACUGAUGAGGAUUGCCCCAAUAACGGCCCUCCUUUUGAGUUCCGCAUUGUGUCUGGGAACGAGGGGAACGCUUUCUCUGUGGAACAGACCGGAGAUCUACGGUCCAACCGCGUUCUAGGCCCUGACGCUACCAGGGAGUUCACUCUGGAGGUCCAGGCCAGUGACAGUGGAAAGCCUCGUCUCUCCUCCUCUUGCUGGGUCUUCGUCAGGGUGGUCGGAGACAGCCAGUACAGACCCUCCGUCAACCCACUGGACAUCUACAUCGUCACGGCGACAGACUCCUAUCCCGGCGGCCCGAUCGGUCGCAUAUACGCAUCCGACCGUGACGUCACAGACGUGUUGUCCUUUACCCAGAGGCCUUUGCAGCAGCGGAAUCCAUUCAAGAUCAACAGGCAGGACGGCAGUGUAGUGGCCGUGGCUGGACUGGAGCCUGGCAGGUAUCAGUUUAACGCCACGGUGAGUGACGGCCGUUACUCUGUCCCGGUGGUCGUAACGGUCAUGGUUGAACAGGUGACUGAGGAUCUCCUCCGUAGUGCCAUCACCCUGAGGUUUUCCUCGCUGACCCCUGAAGACCUGCUGGGACUACAUCUUAAUAAUAUCAAGCAGAGGCUGCGUGGCGUAGUCGGCUGGGGUUCGUCGUCGCUUGAGCAACAACAGGACCCUCUGCACAUUCUCGGCGUUCAGCUGAUGUCCGGGGGCAUCGACCUCCUCCUGGCCAUGGAGAGACCAGAUGGGGAAGGAGAGAGUGGAGGGUACCUAACCUCACAGGAGCUGAUCCUUAGGAUGGGGGAGGCGGGGAGGAGAGGGGAAGGGGGAGAACAGGAAGGGGUGUCGGCUACAGGAGGCCAGAGAGGGCAGCUCCAGGGUGUCCUGGCGGGCGCGGAGGUGCUGACUCUAGCCUGCUCAGGGGAGCUCGACUGCGGUGACAGAGUGUGCGAGCAGGCCCUGGUGGUGGAAGGUGGAGCGAUGGUCAGCUACAGCACCCCGACAGUCAGCUUCAUCACCCCACGAUACAGCCGUACGGAGUCAUGCACCUGCCCAGGAGGUACCUGUCCCAACCCCGUAGAGGAGCAGUGUGAGGGCCAAUCCUGUCCUAUAGACAUGCAGUGUGUUCGUGCCAGCCCCACAGCGCCCUCUGUCUGCCAGUGUCUGCCUGACAGGAUGGACCAGUGUGCAGGCCAGACGUCUCUGAGUUUCUCAGGUAACAGCUAUAUAAAGUACAGGGUGAAAGAAGGAGGCCAGGGAGGAGGAGGAGAGAUGAGACUGGGUCUAAGGAUCAGAACAUUACAGAGUAGAGGAGUCAUCAUGUACACACGGGCCAACCCCUGCACCAUGCUGAAGAUCGAAAGUGGUCGUCUGUGGUUCCAGCUGGACUGUGACAACACGCUGGGCAUCAUGGGUAUCUCCGGCCGACCAAUCAACGAUGGGCGCUGGCACGCCGUGACGUUAGAACUCACCAGCAACUAUACCCUCCUCUCAUUAGACGACAGCUAUGUGGAACGCCGUAGGGCCGCCGGGGCGCCCGUCCGACUCUGGCCCCUCGCACCCGAUUCGUCUUUCUUCUUCGGUGCCCAAGUCAGACCUACGACUUCCAAUCCAGGGGAGAGGGGACAGGGCCGUACCCAGGGAGAUCCAGGGGAGAGGGGGAUGAGGGGUCCGCCACGGGCCGAAGAUGGGUUUCAGGGGUGUCUGAGGUCGCUGGUGCUGAAUAGUAACGAGCUGCCACUCCAGAACAAGAGGAGUCGCUAUGCGGAGAUAGCUGGCCUUAGUGAGGUGAAGCUAGGCUGUGUACUCUACCCUGACCCCUGUGUGACCCAGCCCUGUCUCAAUGGAGGAACCUGUAACCAACUGCCCUCUGGUGGUUUCAGGUGUAGUUGCAGUAUGCGGUACACUGGAGGGCGCUGUGAGGAGGAGCUGACUUCGUGUCUACCGAACCCGUGUCAGAACGGAGCGGACUGUACACCUGGAGACACAGCCUUCUUCUGUGGUUGUCCCCGGGGUCUCACUGGACUCAUAUGUGAUGAGGAUGUGAACGAGUGUGAGCGUGAGGAGUGUGAGAACGGAGGAGUGUGUAUGAACACCUUUGGGGCGUACUAUUGUAACUGUUCCUAUGGUUACGAGGGCCAGUUCUGUGGAGAGAGAAGCCUACUGGACCCAGACCCUGACCUACAGGAGCCUCUCUCCUACGUGGGUCCAGUAGAGAUCAUCGGAAUCGGAGUCCUGAUCUUCGUCAUCUCCUUCCUACUCCUCCUCUACAUUAUCUUCAGGAAGAAGAUCAGGUUCCAGAGGAAGGACUCCGGUUUCAGUCAGGAUGGAGGAGGGGCAAAGGAGGGUGUGGCGGUGGGUGGGGUCGGGACUGGGGGGGUGGGCAUGUCUGCUGUAUCCGUGGAGACCAGCUACCUGCUGACAAAGACAGGGAUGGGGUCACAAGGCAUCGAGUUCAAGGCCGUGCGUGUCGCUGCCGACCCCCGACCGCCCGGCAACACCGAGGUCAGCAUCGGUAGUUAUGGCGACAGAGAUGGAGGUCUAGGUGGAGGUGUGGUGACAGGCGGAAGGGUGGGGUUGGGGCCUCCUCAGGUGAUGGUACGGCCAACUACACACCCGACGACGAUGCUACCUGGUUGGCCUGGCAACAACAACAACCUAGCAAUGAGAGGUGUCGAUGGAGAUAACAUGGCUACCAGCGAGAGCUCUCUCUCUACCAGUCAGAUGAGCAGCUUCUUGUCAUCUGAUUCCUCGCAUCACAUCCUGGGCGGGGCUAGUAGAAGGGGCGUGGCCGUGUGUAGCGUGGUGCCCAAUCUCCAGCCCCCAUCGCCCUGUCACUCAGAACGAAUCCCUGCCCAUAAAGCUCCCUGGGAGAGGCAGGGAGAGAGGGAUGAAGAGCGAGAGAGAGAGAGAUAUGGAAGAGAGGAGGAGUGGGAGCAGAGAGCAUAUGAACUGGAGAGAACUCAGAGAGCCAGCUCUCCUCUUGUGGAGGAUCUGGUAGAAGAGGUGGCGUGUUUCUCAGACAGUACAUCUGAAGCUCUCUCUCUCAGCUCUUACACCUCAGACUCCUUCGAUGACAACGCCUCCAUAGUGACUGUAAUAUGUCUGGUGAAUAAUACCGUGGACAGUAUAGAGAAUGAAGUGUCAGGUAUGGAUGGAGGGCAGACCUACAGCACUCCAGCGUACCAGUGGGAGUCGUCUGAUUGGCUGUCCCCGUCCCGGCUCCGCCUACCUGGCAUCGAUGGGGGGUCACACUGUGACAUUAUAGAUGACCUUCCGUCGUUCGGCAGAGCAGGAAGCGUGUACUCACUACAGCUGGACUACGGGCUGGGGGGGUACAGGAGGGAAAGAGGAAACUCAGGGGACAGAAGAAGCCUCAGAUCACUCUCAGCUGAGAGGAGGGGGUAUGAGAGAGAGAGAGAAAGAGACAUGGAGAGAGGGAGAGGGACGGAAAGAGCG